CGGCACAGCUGGUGAAGGUUCAGUGUAGCCCCACGCGCUCUGUGGGGCGGUUGUUCUGUCGCUCGUAAUCCAACACCAACAGCUAUGUGACUGACGUAAUAACAUGUUCAUCUGAAGAACUUAAUAAUAAAUGGUUGUGUGGAAAGGUUGUAGUGAACAAUAACACUGAACACAACUGUUCACUGGUGAUGACAGCAGCAGCGUCAGAAUGGUGGAGCCGCUGGUAGGUCCUCCAGUACCCGUGUGAGAGUCAACACAAUAAACACUGAGAAAGAGAAAUAAACAGAGAGACAAGUGAGACAGAUAAAGAGACAAUGGUGUCGUCUCUCGGCUUCCGUCAACCACCACGACCACCACACCGCCACCACACCACCUCCCUCACCACCACAACCUCGCCAUCACCAACACAAGUGACUCGAGCCAACAGUUCUGUAGCCCACCACAGCCACCAGCGCCGUCCCCGCCCUGCCGGUCUCACCACGUGGCACCUCGCCGGUGAUUUGAACACACCUGUGGAGGAGCCCCUUACCACCGCCACCGCCGCGCCCGUCUGUUCCUGCCGCGGGUGGUGGGUCUCCUAUAUGCGGUGCAUGGAGGACCCACUCAGCAGGAGGUGUAGGGGCGGCAGCAGCAGGAGGCUAGUAGGGGCAUCCAGCGGUGAGGACUAUAGCAGAAAGGAGGAGGGAGGAGGACUCAGGUCAGUGUGGUGGUGGUUGAGGGAUACACCAGGUACAGGGAGGAUGAUCCACCUGUGUAUGCUGGUCUUCUGCUCGUUCCUCACCGUGUCUACCUGCACAGCUGCGGUGACCAACGAGAUCCACAGUGGCGUGGGCAUGAAGCCGGAGCCGCAGUUUGGGGAGGCCAUUGAUAACGUGACGGUGGCCGCAGGCAGGGAGGCAAGACUCUCCUGCAUCGUCGACAACCUGGGAGAUUUCAGGGUGGGUUGGCUGAAGGUGGACUCCCAGACCAUCCUGAGCCUACAGAAGAGGGUGGUGACGCAUAACUCCCGCAUCUCCGUCACCCAUGAUGAGCACCGCACCUGGAACCUUCACAUCCGCCAGGUGCAGGAGACUGACAAAGGCUGCUACAUGUGUCAGAUCAACACCCCCGUCAUGAAGAACCAAGUCGGCUGUAUCAAGGUUCAUGUGCCCCCGGACAUCAUCAACGACUACACCUCCUCCGACACGACCAUCAACGAGGGUGACAGCGUCCACCUGAGCUGUGUGGCGGAGGGCUUCCCUGUCGGGAGAUCAGUGGAAGAGGAGGACGAUCGGAAACAUCACUUAUCAAGUCUUCCCGGUAGAGACGGCUCCAAGACACUGGAGUCAGUACACGGGACCAACUUAACCUUGGAGAACGUGUCGAGGAACCAGAUGGGCGCCUACCUGUGUAUCGCCAGCAACAAGGUCCCUCCCUCCGUCAGCAAGAGAAUUAUUGUCAACGUGAACUUCUCCCCGGUGGUAAAGGCAGACAACCAGCUGAUCGGAUCUCCUCUCAGCACUGAUGUAGAGAUACAGUGCCACGUGGAGGCUUUCCCCAAGGCUGUCAACUACUGGGAGAGAGAUAACGGAGAGAUAAUACUCAACGGAAGGAAGUACCGCCUGGAGGAAAUGACAGACUCGUACCGGGUCACCAUGAAGCUGGUCAUCAAGAACUUCACUAAGGGCGACGCUGGGCAGUACAAGUGCAUCUCUACCAACUCCCUGGGUAAGGCUGAGACAAGCAUCCGGCUCUACGAGAUCGUCCUUCCCACUCAGAGGUCGACAACGGAGCACCACUACAACGUCUACCCCACCACGCCCAACAGCAAGUCCGUCAACUCCCUGGACCUGCUGGGGCGGGAUGGCGGACAGAACAGACAGCUGGAGGGCGUGGCUGGAAGAGGUUCAGGAGGCGUGGGUAGCGCCGAGGGUGCGACAGGGGGACUCGGGGUGGAGUUCGACAAGGAACAGAGUCGCCAGCGUCAGCGCCAGCGUCUGGAGUACGGCGAAGGGCGGACGGACAACGGAGAAGGGUACCUUGGUGGUGGCUUCGGAGCUCAAGGUGAAGGCCACGAGAACCAGAGCGGCGGCAGCAGCGUCUCGACACAACCUCGGGGAUGUUGGGUCACCUUCAGGGUCCCGGUUCUUGUGUCUCUCGGGGUGUUGGUAGUGAGGGAGGGAGGCGCCGUGUGGUUGUUAUGAAUGUGUACCAUCAUGAAGCUCCAGGAUAUAUGUGUACUGUAGUGGUGUUACUUGGUCCUGUACUCACAGACAUACUGUAGAGCAAACUGAGGAUAAACAGUGAGGUGACAGAGUGGCUCGUUACUAUGGAGUGACAGAGUGGUUCGUUACUAUGGAGUGACAGAGUGGUUCGCUACUAUGGAGUGACGCUCGUCACAUUGGUCUGAGGAAGCUCGACAAGUUUAGUUUCCAAUUUUUCUUCGGUCUCAUAUACUGAUUACUUUAUUUAUUAUUAUCAGUUUAUAUUUGUGAUUAAAAACUACUCAUAGCAGAGGAGUAUAUAAUAACUCUUUAAGAAUCCGGUCGACAAUAACACGAGAUAGUAUAUAUAUGACACAGUGAACUAAGAGACACUCUCCUUUACUCGACAGUCUUGUUGUUCUCACACGUCUCCUGUGUUGAUAAAGUCACUGCAUCCAGCUCCUCGCCUCACACCCCCACACCAGUCAGUCAUCACCUCACACUCCCCACACCAGUCAAUCAUCACCUCACACCCCCCACACCAGUCAGUCAUCACCUCACACACAAACACGAAAAUCAAGUGAAGUCAAAAGUCACCUCAGUCUCGCGGAGUAUAUUACGUACUACAACGAUCUUCACUACACUAAACGUCACUCGUGUUAUAGUGAAAAUGUUCUCGUUAUUCCACUACGGUUUGGUUCCUGUGUUGGUCUCCUUCGCCCCGUGAGUGUGCCGGUCGCCUCCACCAUAAUUAAUAUAUCGUGUUGACCGAGGAAACGCUUUCAGUUCAUUAACUUACAAUUACUGUCAAAUAUGAACAAAUUAUCACUGAAUCACAUUUAUUGUUGAUGAAUAAAUAAAUCUUAAUUAACAGUCACCUGAAGCUUAAUCAAAUUCAAUAAUCAUUUAAGGUAAUUUGUUCUAGAUACUCAAAUUAAGUUCCUGCUCCUAAUAACUAACUAAAAACUAACUAACUAACUAACUAACUAACUAACUAAAAACUAA